AUGGCCAAGGACAAGGUCAAGGACAAGAAGGAGAAGAAGGAGAAGCGCUCCGAGUCCGGCGGCGUCAAGAAGAGCAAGAAGGACAAGAAGGAAAAGAAGUCCGAGCACGUCGCCGACGCCCUGCUCGCCAGCGUGAGCGACGCCAGCUCCGGCGCCGACGUCAAGACCACCGUCGCCAUCAGGUCCGCCGCCGUCGACGAGAGCGAUGACGACGCCAUCAGCCCGCUCGUCAACGCCGCCAACCUGGUUCCCUUCGCCGUGCCGCUGGCCGACGACAAGACCACCAAGAAGGUCUUCAAGACCGUGAAGAAGGCCGCCAAGCACAAGACUCUCAAGCGUGGCGUCAAGGAGGUUGUCAAGGCGGUGCGCAAGUCGCCGACUAACGCGCCCGCCUCGUCGCUGAUCGAGGACCCGUCCGCCGUCGUCGUCAUUGCCGCCGACAUCAGCCCAAUGGACGUCAUCUCGCACAUCCCCGUCCUCUGCGAGGAGCACAACAUCCCCUACAUCUUCGUCACCUCGCGCGCCGAGCUCGGCGCCGCCGGCAACACCAAGCGCCCCACCUCCGUGGUCAUGAUUUGCAAGGACCGCGGCUCCAAGAAGGGCGCUGCCGACGAGAAGCCUGGCGACGAGGCCGAGUACAAGGAAGCGUACGAUGGCGCCGUCAAGGCCGUGCUCAAGGCCUCCAAGGGCGUGAGGCGUUGA